GGUCUGAGGUUUCUGACAGAAGGCGAGGAGAAAGUAAACGUAAUACACAAGCCGGUUUUGGUGAAAGAAAGCCCGGUGAUGUUGAAACCGGUGGAGGAAAAACCAAAAGCUGCAACAACCAGAGUUCAUAGAGCGUUUCCUGGUGGUAUAUCUUGGAGAGCUGUGGACAAUCGGGUCUGGGAAAGAGAAGUGAAGAUGAGCAUUGUUCCAAAGGAAACGAUUGAGGUUAUAGCACAAAGUAUUGGGAUUACCAACUUGUUACCUGAGGCUGCGCUUAUGCUUGCUCCUGAUGUUGAGUAUCGUGUUCGAGAGAUCAUGCAGGAAGCAAUCAAAUGCAUGCGUCACUCAAAGAGAACUAUUUUAACAGCUGCGGAUGUAGAUGGUGCUCUCAACUUAAGGAACGUCGAGCCGAUAUAUGGCUUUGCCUCAGGAGGACCAUUUCGUUUUAGAAAAGCUAUUGGGCAUCGGGAUUUGUUCUACACUGAUGACAGAGAGGUGGAUUUCAAAGACGUGAUUGAAGCCCCACUACCAAAAGCUCCCCUUGAUACUGAACUUGUCUGUCACUGGCUGGCUAUUGAAGGGGUGCAGCCAGCUAUACCAGAAAAUGCUCCUUUAGAAGUCAUUAGAGCACCUGCGGAAAAUAAAAUCCAUGAACAAAAGGAUGGACCUCUUAUUGACGUUAGGCUACCAGUGAAGCAUGUUCUAUCUAGGGAACUUCAGUUAUACUUCCAAAAGAUUGCUGAACUUGCAAUGAGCAAGUUAAAUCCUGCUUUGUUUAAAGAGGCACUAGUGAGCUUGGCCUCAGACUCAGGACUUCACCCUCUAGUUCCAUAUUAUACAAAUUUCAUUGCUGAUGAGGUAUCACGUGGUUUAAACGACUUCUCACUCCUGUUUAAUCUUAUGCACAUUGUUAGAAGUCUUCUACAGAAUCCUCAUAUACACAUAGAACCUUAUCUGCACCAGUUGAUGCCAUCAGUUGUAACAUGCCUUGUAUCGAGAAAGCUUGGAAAUAGAUUUGCGGACAACCAUUGGGAACUUAGAGAUUUCACGGCGAAUCUGGUUUCCCUGAUAUGUAAAAGGUUUGGAAACACUUACAUUACUCUUCAGACUCGUCUUACGAAAACUUUAGUCAAUGCACUUUUGGACCCAAAGAAGGCUUUGACUCAGCACUAUGGUGCAAUUCAAGGAUUAGCAGCUUUGGGCCACAAUGUUGUACGCCUUCUAAUUCUGUCAAAUCUCGAGCCGUAUCUAAGACUUCUCGAACCAGAAUUGGAUGCUGAGAAGCAAAAGAACCAGAUGAAGAGCUACGAAGCUUGGCGUGUGUAUGGAGCCUUGCUGCGUGCUACAGGCCUGUGCCUACAUGACCGGCUUAAAAUUUUCCCAAGUUUACCAUCUCCUUCACCAAGUUUCCUCCAUAAGGGAAAAGGGAAACUAAUCAAUACUGUGCCACAUAAGAGGAAGCUGAGUGUAGAUUCUUCAGACAACCGGUCACCCAAGAAAAGAUUGAUAACUAGAGAUGGUUCAGAAUCGCAAGAUCACAGCGGUCCAGCUCCAAUGCAAGUAGAUAAACCGGCGGGAAAUGACAAUCCGCUACAAAACUCUGUUCAACCAUCCUCGUCAGAACAAGCUUCUGAUGCAAACGAAACUGAGAGCAGAAACGCAAAGGAGAAAGAAGGGGGCAAGGGUCGGGCUAUUACCAUGAAAGCGAUCCUUAAUCAGAUUUGGAAAGACGAUCUUGAUUCCGGAAAGCUCUUGGUGAAACUGCACGAACUCUAUGGUGAAAGGAUUCUUCCCUUUAUCCCUUCUACAGAGAUGUCAGUGUUCCUCUAA